UGUUGAUAUUCUUCAUAACUGUAAGUAAAGAUAAUACCUACCUAGUCGCCUCAAAAUGGCAUACAUGAAUGUUAUAACCUUUACGAUUUUGUUGCUUCUAAAAUCUGUUAUAAACUGUAAAAUACCUCGAACAAAUGUUGAAACCAUUAAUGAUGCUGUUAAAUGCACUAAUAAAAUUAUAUUGAAACACUAUGCAGAAGGUAGUGAACUCACGUUUCUCGAUCUGAGUAACAGCGGCGAUAACGAUGAUAUUCUAAUGGAAAUUCACAAAAAAUUUCAUGUGACAGUUAUAUCACGCACUUAUAAGCAAUUUUAUACGUAUCCCAAUGAAGGGUACGUCAUAUACGCGAAAGCAGCCAAUGAUUUUGUAAACUUCAAAUAUCUUACCAAAGAAGCGCCGUGGAAUCCUCAUGCUAAAUUUAUUGCCGUGGUUGAAUCCAAAGAUGAUGAAAUGAGAUAUAUUUUUGAUACAUUUCUGAAAUACCACGUGUUUAAUGUUGUGCUUAUUAAAGGGUUACAAGAUUCGGAAUUAUACACGUACAAUCCAUUUGAAAACUAUGGCUGUGGAAAGAGAUUUCACAGGAUUAUCGAUUAUGGUAAAUGUAAAGAUACAUUUGAAACUAAUUUGUUCCCCAACAAGUUAGUCACAGGUCUUCAAAACUGCAUUUUCAACAUCGCAGCACCGCAUUGGCCUCCAUACAGUAUAGAUCCCAACUUUAAUACAACGAGAAGCCUAGGCAUUGAGCAGCAUAUAUUCAAAGUUAUUAGCGAAAUAGAGCAUUUUACUAUAAAUUAUACUUACAACAAUGACGCUGAAAAGUUUACUGUCAUAAAUGAUGAAAUGACAGCAAUUGGUCCGAUGGAAUUACUUCAAAAGAACGAGGCUGACGUAAUAAUUGGAGGAAUGAUGUUAAUAAACGAUAGAGCAGCUGCAUUUGAUUACAUGUACACCCAUCUUGCAAACGUAGACGAGAUCAAAAUAAUGGUGAAGAAAGCUGAAAUCGUGAGAAAUUGGAAGAACAUAUACAUAGAAUUCCAACCGACUGUUUGGAUAUUAUUGAUCGUUUCGUUCGUUAUAUAUUGCUUAUUUCUAAUACUGAUAAUCCGUGGGAGGGAUAACAUUUCUAUUAUACUUAAGAUGUGGGACAGUCUCUUUUUGCACGUGCGUCCGAUUGGCAACAACUGUGUGGUGAAAUGCGCGUUCAUUACCUGGAUAUGGUUCGCCUACAUGAUCAACUCCUACUACCAAUCUACCUUGGUCAGCUUGAACACCCAUCCGGCUACAGAAUACCAGAUUUCCAAUGAACAAGAUUUAGAAGACUACCAUAUGAGGCCGUGUGUUAGUAUAGCUAUACAAACAUUAAUGUGGGCAGAACUGGGGAUGCCGAUGCAAAAUGUUACAAAAGAUUGUGAGCCUUUUCUAGAAAGUUUAAAGACUGUGACAAAACGAGAUGAUUUGUAUACAAUAAUUUUGUAUUCUAUUUAUUCGUAUCACAAAUUUAAGUUUGUUGAUGAUUACGGCCAUCUUCUUCUUUAUGAGUUUCCGUCGUUAAAUAAGGUAAUGUACGCGAUGUACUUCUACAAAGGGUUUCCUUUGAAAGGAAUAUUCCAAAAUCAUGGUUUGCGAUUACGAGAGAACGGACUUAUACAGAAGAUUUCACAAGACUUAUACUAUGAGGGAAGUAUCAAACAUUAUUACGCUAAGAAAAGAAUGGAGUUCAAAAUUAUAGUGCCUUGGUAUAUUUAUGCGUUUGGAGUAGGUUUGGCUUCAUUAAUAUUCACCAUAGAAAUGAUGCUCAAAUUUGUUAAAUCAGCUAGUUUAAGUGUAUAAACGGUUUUUAGAAUUGUCUAAAUA